UUUUUUCGGUUAUUAAUCUCCAGGUAUUGGGGCUGACGAAUCAAGACGAUUCCAUAUCCAUGAGACGUUUGAAAAAUUAUUUUUUAUCCGUUCGAUAAUGAAGACGUAAAAAAAAGGUCGAUUAGUUGAGGCAUAAAAAAAUCGAUGCGUGCACCAAAAGAAAAAAAGAAGAAGCACCGGAAAAAAGUCCCGUAACUUGUAAUAAUAGAACUUUUAUAUACUAUAUGUAAACUCGUACUUUCCAUAUACUUUCCAUGAAGGAUCUUCCGUUGUCUUAAAAAGAUUCUCAUUUUUCCUGAAAAAAAUGGUUUGAGACAAAAAAUGUGUAUUUUUCUAUAAUCUAAAACGAAAGUGAAAUUUUUACCAAUUUUCAUUGUCAUAUUUGUGCUUAGCAUGUCAAAAUACAUAGGUGGAUACGAAAUUUCAAGGAAAAAAGCGGUAUGGGUUUUUCGGAACUAUACCCCCCGUUUUUUCAAAAUUUUGUUAUCACCGAACAAAAGAAAAAAAAAUAAAAAAUACUUCAACUCACUAUAUUUUCUGAAAUACUACAAUUAAUUAAUUAUAUUAAAGAAACAACUUUUGAAAAUAUUCGAAAACAAUAUUGGAAACGCUAUCGCUCCGGUAUAAAAAGAGUCUCUGACAGCAACUCGUCAUAACAUAAAUACUUGUCUCAGAGUCGCUGCUGCGACUCUAGAUAAAGUGGAAUAUUCGUGCCCAUCGCUCAAUGAAUUUGAAUUUUCAAACGCGGUUGCCAAGCGGGAGGAGAAUAUGUACACUUGUACGCACGCAUGCACAUAUCUCCUACGAAGAGACAUCUCUGUCAGUCACCGGCGUAAAAUGCGUAGUUGGUCGCUUUCCGAAUCGCGCGUAAAUAUCAAAAAAUGUAAUAUAAAUGAUAUUAUCGAAUAACGAUAUAUCAAUGUAGUUAGAAUCGUCGUUUAAUAAAUAAUCGAUGCUCGGAAACAUGGACGGUCGAAUUGGUAAUCAACCAGUGUACUUUUUAAUGUCAACGUCAACAUAACCUGAAUAUACAUAAAAAACAACAGUGAAUACACCAUUGUCAAUUGGCGGGAUUUUGAACUUUUGGCCUUUGAAGAAAUAGAAGUUCAUGAUGGAUUCAAUCAAGAAAUUUAUGGACAUCUUUGAAACCAAACGAAUGUCAUCUUCGUGGUUAGAAAUGACGGCUAUAUUGAAGGAAUGUGAUCAAUAUUUUAAAAAUGUUCCUGCCAGUGAAAAAGGAGUGAUUUUAAGUAUCCUUUUCGACGAGCGGAAGGGACUAUUGGCUUUUCUCGCGGAUGCUCUGGAACAAGUGCACAUAACCAAAGAAUUGGAAGCAGCAAUAAAUCAAACUUUUACACUUUUGAUUCCCAUAAUGAACCAAUGUGCGGAUGAUUACAGGCCAUAUAUAAAACCGACUAUGGCCGUUCUCAAGCUGGCUCUCAUUAUAAAAUCAUCUUGCUAUUUGAAGAAAGCUGCGGUCACGACUUUCAUAGAAUUAAUUCUAGUCUUCAAAUCGCUCGAUUUGGAUUUUCAUCCUAUCGUCAUUGAGUGUGUAAAAAAAUUGCAUCUGUAUUCCAUUCAAGAAAGACGACUGAUUAUUCAGAUCUUAUCCGUAAUAUCGCUGUACUUUCCACAAACAGAAGCUUUUGCACAUCAUGGAAAAACUAUACUCCGUCAAUUGAUGGCUGAUUUCAAAGAGACGUAUGAAGCGAAGAAAUCCGUCCAAUGUUUCGGAUCAUACGUGGAAUCCCUGAACAAUAUGUUGCAUAAUUUUCCACCAAACGUCGAUGAUUCUGGGUCAAUUGGAUCUUCAUCGCUCUACAAACAACUGAAAAAUCUGUGCAACUCCAAAGCGAAUCAAGAGAACAAAAGUUUGAUGCUCGAAGUCGUCAAAUUAUUAUCGAAUCAUUUGUCAUUGUUUGACGAACAUGUUUAUGAAGAUUAUCAAUUUUGGCACAUCACCUUGAAAACUUUUGUUAAUAAUGGAGUCUACGGAGAUUCUGCGACGGAAGCUUUGAGAAAUUUCUACAGAACCAUGGGCAGUGUUCUUGGACGGAAAAACUCUCCGCAAGACAAAAAAGUUUUUCUCGAUUUGCACCAGUCAUUUUUCAGGAGCCUGGAACGUGAUGUUGUCCCGUCAAACGUUCUUCGACUUGUCGUUUACGGAUUCAGUCAAAUUAUCGAACCAUGUAAACAAUAUUUGGCUUCGGCAGGGGUCGAAGAAAUGUUUUCACUGAUUGUUCGACGCUCGAGUCCUUUGUAUUCUCGUGAGAAUGACGAGGACACGUGCUUUGAGGAAUUGGCCGAUUAUCAAGAGGCUCUUUCCAGAAUCAUCAGAUUUCUGGAUAAUGUUUCCAUCGAUCAAAUGAGAGCCCUCACAGCUUUGUGCUCACUGAUGAUCAAACGUUUCCCCGAGCUAUCGAUCGACGAUCAACGUUACGCGACUUUUUCCCUUAACAGGACUAUCAUCAACGUCCGUUACACCAAGGAGAUUUUUUAUCAAGACUUCAUUACGAACAUAUUGUACGACGGCAUCGUCUGGAGUUGUUCGCACAUGCUGUUGAUUGAUGCUGAUCUCCAACGUGACAUAAGCGGGACAACAGAGAAUCCGAUAACGUACAAAGAUUACGUUCCUCUUUGGCGUGGGCUUUUGAACCCAGAAAAUUACUCAUUUGCUACUGAAAACAACGAAACGCGAGCAGCGGCAUUGCAAAUGGUGGUGGAUGAGGUCGUGACAACUUGCAUUCGUCUCAUGAACACGUUGAACCUGAACGUAUCGGCGAAAAGUAACGAAAGCCUUUUUGAGGACGAAGAAACUUUGCAAGUGCCUUCAAACAAAUCGGAUUUUCGUAUAUUCCUCAAUUUAGUCGAUCUUUACGUGGAGAUAUUACCGAGCAUCGAAACCUUUUUGUGGUCAAAUGUGCUCGAAAAAUUUAUCUACGAGUUGAUAAAAAAUUCGUACAGAAAUCCGCUGAUAUCCGGUUUUUAUAAGCUCGUUAACGCGACGCUCGCAUCGUCCGGGGCUUUUCUUCACGACGAGACGAUCAAGCUCUCCAACAACGAGUCGUUCAACCUUAUAUUACAAUAUCUAUGGAACGUAAUGGAUGCUCUGCCGCAUUAUCCUCAGGAGCUGCAAAUCUCUUGCUUGCAACUCGUCCUCAACAUCCCGGAGACUUUUGUCCACCGUAUCGUCGAUCGUGCUGUCCCGGCGUUCCAGAUAUCCUUAAAUCUCGGGCUGACUAAUUACGAGAUCGCAACAGCAGCGCUGACAGCUUUGGAGCGUUGGCACGAGUAUCUCGGUGCGGAAUGUCCGAAAAAAUUCAUCUCACAGAUCGUCCCGUGUCUCGCGAUGUUCCUCCAGAGCGAGGAAUCUUCGGAACGUUUGAUCCAGGACAUUGAUGAAACGAGACGAAGAAGAGGUGGGAAAGGAGCAAAAAAUGUGGUCACUUUGGUCGACGACGAAAGAACAGUGGAAAUGUUUCAAAAGAGAAUUUUAUUGUUCUUCGGUGCUCUGGACAAUGAAACAAUGUCGGAAUUCAUACAUUCGAGAUCUUUGAAGACCGGAGCUACUUGGAGCAAAAAAGAUUUGUUGAAAUAUCCGAUGCCCUUUCCUGACACCGAUCUCGAUGUCAAUUUGGAUUCCAUGCUGCCAAGGAUCAUCGAAUUAGCGCAGAGUUCCGGUGAUCGAAGCACUCGGAUCGCAGCUUGCGAAGUACUUCACACGAUCGUUGCGUUCAUGCUCGGUAAAACUGUGCCCCUUUUGACUUACGACAAAGAUCGAUUUUCUGCUCUUUACGAAAGCGUCUGCCCAGCGCUCUUGCGACUCGGUUGCGACCCCGACGACGUCAUAAUGCAACUUUUUCAUCCUUUGGUGAUCCAGCUCACGCACUGGCUGACGUCAAGCUUCAUGCUUGAUUCUCUCACCACGAUACAUCUCGUCGAUUCCAUUUUCGACGGCCUCAGCGACGAGACGAAUUCUUCGUUGCGCGACGUAUCCGCCGUUUAUCUCGCGGAAUUUGUUCGCUGGUCGAUCAAACAAUCUUCGGACAGGAGGCUCGCCCAAUGCCCCACGAAUAUUCAGCUCAUCGUACGUAGAAUCGUCGAGUCCGCUCUCGAUCCAUCUACGAGGAAACGCGUCGCUGCUGCCAUCGCUUUCAAUCAUCUCUAUCGAAUACUUCGCGAAAACGACGAGAUCGUCAACACUUUUUGGCUCGUUAUUUUUCACGCUUUCGUUAGAAGCCUCGACGGCUGUGACGAUGUAAGAAUCGACGAUUCCAUCAAGCACGUGCAGAGAGUUUUCAUUGAAAAAUCGAGAAUUUUCAAUCGAACUGAUUCACGUCGACUUCGACCUCCUGGUUUCGAAGGUUCCACCAUGAUCGAGACUCUUCAAUGGAUUCUUCAGCAAUGCACUUCUCUCGAUCGGAUUUGUCGACGAAAAUGUAAACAAUUAUUCGUCGCUCUCUCGCCGACGGUUCAACGAGCCAACUCGCCUAAAGCCAUCCUUUCCGAGUAUCUUAAAACUCACGAAAUCGUCGGCCUGAACGAAAUUUUGAUUGGAAAUUCCAGCGUCAACUGCAGCACUACGACGGACCAAGGAUUAAUGGCGUUUCAAAGAACUCUGGAUUUGUACACUUGGCUCAUUCAGGAUCGCUUGAUCGAUCACGAGAUUCUCUUUACCGAGAUAAAUCCACAAAAAAUGAUAAUCUUCAACCGCAUCGAGAAUUUCCUCAUGGAAGGCCUCUCGAUAGUCGAUUCUCUCAUCGUUGAAAAUAAGGCAACCAGCGAUCUCCGAGAGAUCGUAAAGUCAAAAACUCAAAGAUGCGAAACGAUCUUGACCCUGUUCGACUUCAUCCUCGUAAUCCUCGACGUCAAAGCCACAAACUCGAGUUACAUUCCGGAUGCGAUAUUCAGCGAAAAUUAUUUCUCUUUCGUUGCCAAUUGUCUCAUGAAGCCUCAAAAACUGGGCUUCGAUUCGAGCAAUUUGCAGCUCACCGAACAACUUCCGUCCAAGCUCGAGCCCCUCGUCAAAAAAGCUGCGAACAUCCUGUCCCCAGAACUCGUGACUCGGAUGACUCGGAUAUUCGCAAACGAGAUUGACAAAUUUGCCAAAAAAUUGUUCCAAUUCGACGACAUGACGGACAGCAAAGUAUGGAUCCACGAAAACUGCUUGAAAGGUGUCAUACUUUUGAGAAAAUGUGGGAUUUUGAAGAUCUGUAACGAUUGCGAGAGUAUUACGUCGGAGGCGAGCGAAAAAAUGGAGAAAAUAUUCGAUAUUCUGAAGAAGGAAGAGUUCGGAACGCUCGUGUGUUUUCAUCCGAAAUCGGAGACGAAAAUUUACCUACAAAGUCUCGUGGAGCUGUUGCUGACCGAUUAUGAAAUCGAGACGACGAAGAAGGUCGUUGAGCUUGUGACAAACGAGAGGAAGCUCCACCGAUCGGACGCGUCGGUUAUAACGCACGGGGAAUAUUUUUUCAGCUUAUUCAAAGCCCCAAUCGUGCAAGGUUUCCUUAAAGAGCCGGAAGCGACGUUGAAUCUGUUGGAAAAUUCGGUAAAAGUGGAUCCCGACAACUCGCUGAGGAUGGUCGAAGCGAUCGUGCUCCAUUUGCAACGCAACAAAAGCGAUUACAAAGAAAUAAUGGAAAGUUGUGCGAACGCGAUAAUUGGAAAGUUCAGCGUUUUCGAAAGAUCCGUUAACAAUCUCGACCAUCGAAGAAACAUAUUUUUAAAUAUUUACGCGAUAGUCGUGAGAUUGAGGAGGGAUCGAUUGAUCGAGCGCGAUUCCGAUCCGUAUCGUUGGUUAAUGGGCGAGCUCGUGUCGUGCAAGGAUUUCAAGUACAAGAUUCGAUUAUUGGAAGAUUUUCUCGUUUGUUUGGUGAACGAAAGGUCCGGCGAAAAUCCGGAGAUCACAGCAGUUCUCGGGAAUCUGAAAAACGAGCGAAAAUUCGCGAGUCCGGAAGAGAGCAGCGAGAAAAAACGUGCGACUCCAGAGACGAUGAAUUAUUUUCAGGUUCUCUUGAAGCUGUUGCCCGUGACGAGGUCGACGAUUCUCCUCGACGCUGUAAUUAACUUUUCGGCCGGAGCUGGUGAGGUUUUUUGCAAGGAUGACAAAAUCACUGGGUACUUGAAGCUCUAUUACGACGCUUCGGAAAUCUCGAACGUUUCCAAGUCUCUUGAUGUCACUUACAAUCGUUUCAUGACGCGCACAAACGCGAACGAGAGACUGGACGUUUUGCGAUAUUUUUUGCUGCCUUCCCUGAGUCAGUGCACGCACGAAUCAAUGGAGAAAUUUUUCGAGCGGAACAUCCGAGAGAUUUACUCAACGAUUAUGGAAAAAACGACGAUGAAUGUUCACGACAGAAGCAAACUUUUCGUUUCGAAAAUAGCCUCGUACAAUCUCAUGGAAAUACUGUUCGCCAAUUUGUCCCGAGACCGAAUAGACUCUUCGGAGAGUUGUUUGAUGCUCGAGACUCGGAGCCCGGGAAGCAGCAAGGACGAAAAAUUGUCGCGUCAAAUAUUCCGCAGUACACUCCCGGUGAGACAAUUAAGAGCGGUGGAAGGCGACGAUCGAGAAAUCGUUCGCCUCGUGCAUUGCGCCGCUUACAAAUGCUGCAUUACGAUAGUCAGUACGACGAACGACGACAGAUUUUACCUCGCCGUGUUCGGUGAAAACCGUGAAAAGAAUCAAUUGAUCUGGGAGAAUAUUAUCGACGUUAAGAGGAAAUACGACUUGUCUCAGACUUCGAAAAAGUAUCCGAAAGAACGCGAGAAAUUGGUGAACAUAAAAAAAGCCUCGGGCCUUGAGAGAAGGAACGACGAUCGUUAUUCGUACAUCAAGAGUUACGACCUCGCUACCUCGACUUUGAACGAAAAUAUUUCCGCCUACGAUCUCAAUUCUGUUAAUCUGAUACCACGAAAAAACAUCGAUUCGGAAAAAAGUGAGGGGAUGACUUUGACACUGGAGAUCGACGAUCUGAACGAGCACGAAUGCAUGCCCCUCGUCUGUGGCCUCUUGAGACACAUGAACGAGAACGUUCGUGCCAAGAACGACGAGACUCAGUUGCCAAAGUGGAUGGGGCAGUUCCGCGCCUCGAUGUGGUCGGAGCAACCGAACGUUCGUCUCUUUUUGCUCAAAAUCGUUCUAAACACUCAGUCGAUAUUUCGCCCGUACGCUCAACACUUUCUCGAGCCAGUUACGAACACGAUUUAUCGGUGUCUCAAAGAAACUCAUUCGUUGAAUUACCUCAUUACCGAUGCCCUCGUGAUGCUCGUGGAUUGGCGUGAAAUAUCGGUUCCCGGUACGGAAAGGGAAGAAAAUUUGGCGAGAUUGAUGUUCGCUCAUCUCGUGGAGAAAAGCACCGCCGCACCGACGAGAUACAUCGUAAAAUAUAAUUUGAGUUUGGUCGAGAUGGUCGUCGAUGCUUGGCACGAUUGUCUCGUCGUGCCGAAAAAUCUGGAAGAUCGUAUUUCACGCGACGACCGUACCGCUCUUAAACUCAUUCUCAUAUUUCUAACGAAUCGAAUGCCCGAGAAGAUCGUUGCCAGGGCGGACAUUUGGGAGUUCGUUGUACACUGCUUGUCCGAUUGGAAGAUCGAGGAAGUGACGGUUUUACAAUCUUACGAAGCUGCUGGGCUCAUCCUCAAGUAUUCGAGCAACGAGGAGCUGCUUCAAUCACGAAAAGCUACGAUCGCUGAAAAAGUUUCGAGCGUCUUUCGCGAAAUGCGAAUUUCCAAGCCCGACAGGCUCCUCAAAUGCGUGCACUCGCUUUGCAAGGCUUGCAACGAUCUGGCUCCCGAUUUUUUUCAGUUUGUUUCCUCCGUCCGACUCCGAGUCGAGCCAACGAAUAUCGUCAAAUGUCUCGAGGUAUUUUCCCUCCUCGUACCAAACAUCACCAGGGAGGAGAUCGUCAAGGAAUUGAAUUUUAUGCGAUUCAAUACUUUCCUGGAAAACAAAGUGUUGUCCUGUGAAGAAAUAUGUUUGAAGAUCGUCCAUCAACUGGUCGAUGUUUUGGAGCCACGAGAAUUGUCGAGUCUCGUUAAGCUCGCGGCUCCCUACUCCGAUCACGAGGUUCUCCAAUAUCGUCGAUCGUGUCACGAGAUAUUUGUCAAGGUUUACAAAAAGUAUUCCUCCGAAGAAAUCGCUUCCGCUGAGGAAAACAACGAGACGCUAAACAUCAGCAAAAAAGUUUUGCUGUCCGGCCUCUUGGACCCGGCGGAGGAAAUACAAAAAAUUUCCUUCUCAUUCUGGUCGGAUGUGGUGAGCUUGCGAGACAAAUGUGCCGAGAGAUUUUUGGAUAUUCUCGAUACCUACGGCUGCGGAGUAGAGAAAAAAUUUUUGCAAAUAAUCACACUGAUGCUCCUCGAGUUCACCCGGAAAUCGGUAACUUGCGACAAAAAAAUGUUCGAGCCUCUGCACGGUUGUACGUACAACGAUCACGAGAUAUCCGUAUCCUGGAAACCGAGGAAUUACGGAUCGAAGAUACCGCUGUACGCGCCAUCGCUGGCGAGCCAAUUGCACCAACGAUUCACCCAGUACAGUUGCGCGGCAGGAGCUUCCUCCUGGAACGAUCGGGACAGCCAGGGAAAUUACGUCUUACGAGGAACAGACGCGGCCCAAUUCGAAACAACGUAUUUGAGCGCGGCUCCGACGAUCGAAAAUUCGGGCAGCGACAUCUCCGAAAACGCUGUUUUCGCCGUACCCGAAGUUCCGUCGUUACCGAGGAACAAAGUUUCCCGAAGAUUUCUCGCCGAGUGGUCGGACGUUGCGGUGGAAAUGAAAAAACGCGAGGAAUCGAAGAGAACGAGGGAAAUGGAAUAUCGACGAGAAUAUCUGGCGAGACAACGAGGUCGCGUGAGGCUUCGUCGGAAAUAUCGAAUCGGUGACUUCCCGGAUGUCGAAAUACGCCACUCGACGAUCCUGGAGCCUCUGCAGGAACUUAUCAAGAGAGACGAGCACGCGUGUAAAGACCUCUUGGUAACGCUCUCCCGUUCGAUGAUCCAACAGACGAAAAGUUGCGAGGAGAUGGAAACUUAUAAAAAUGAAGUUUCCAAAAGAUUCACAAGGAUCUUGAAAGACGGGCGAGAAAAUGGGGGCGCGGUUGCCACUGUUCUGGAGAUUCUCUUCGACGCUCGCGGACUCGAGUGUCCUUGGGCGGUUGUCGCCCAAGUUGCGAGAGCUGAUCGUCUCCACGCCAAAGGUGCGAUCCUCGUGGAGCAGAGUUUGAUUCCUAAAACGCUGAUCUCGGAACCUCCGAGAAAAAGAGCGCGCGUGACGGAUUCCGGAGAAAAGGAAGAGACGAAAGAGCGGUGGAUCGAGUUGGCUGUACUGUACGAAUCGAUGAACGAGCUCGACGUCGUCCUCGCUAUAUUUCGAGGCGAUCUUUUCACAGAGAAGCUGCACCGUGCUUCCCUCGCAAGGGCUUCCGACGACUGGGCCACGGCUGAAAAGUUUUAUCGCGAAGCUUUCGAGUCGGAAGUUGGCACGCAAACGAAGCAGCAUUGUCUUCAGGGUGCUUUCGAGUGUUUGAGUCGCUUGGGACAGUGGAAACUGCUCGAACGCGACAUCAAGACGAGGACGAACGAGAAUUUCGGAAAUUUGUUGGCGCCCAGCAGUGACGAAUCGCGAUGGCUCGCGCCCUGGCUCUUUCGGACUUGCACCCAAAGACUUUUGGAAGGACACGGCAACCGCGAGUUUCUGUUGGCCAUGGAAACUCUCCUGAACGAUCCGACGAGCUACCAAAGUUUGAAGGAAACCUACGGCGAAGAGACCGCCGUUGCUAUCUGCAAGAAAAGGCCAGAAAAAUCUCGCGAUUUUCUCAACGGCAGUUGGGAGAAUGUCCGAAAAACGUGGCUCCGCCUCAGCCCUUUGGCGGUUCCCCUCAGAUUCGGAGCCGUCGAUAAACUCCGCAGGAUUUAUGACACGGACAAAUACCUUCGGACUCUCGACAGCCCCGAUCUACCGAAAAGCAUUCGAGAACUAACGAGACUGUGGAAUAACCGAACACCCUCGAGCCAAGACGACUUACUCCCUCGGCAAAUCGAGAUCUCUUACAGAUCCUACUUUUCCGAUGGCCUGAUAAACCUUCUUGGAAAUGACGAUAGUCAAGAAAGUAUCGAUCUAGUUGAAGAAAUUCGUUUCUCCAAAUUGAAGCAAAUGUUGAGGCUCGUCGAUUGUUCGUUGCGUCAGAAAAACGAGCACUUGACGAAAAAAUAUCUCCUGCGCGUCGACGAGCAGCUGCAGGAUCGCCCUUCGAAGUUCCUCAGCGAGUAUGAACUCGAUGCUGUAAAAUUCAGAUUUUUACAAGCGCAAAGGAGCACCGAGAGCUCUCAGAUAAUAAAAUAUUAUUCCUCAGCCUGGACGAAAAUCCACGAAAUAUUGGACACCCCUUCGUCGACUCUCCAGUGCGAAAUUGCCAUGAGAAAAUUACUGAGCGAAGUCGCAGUCGCGCUCGCCAAACUCGCCGACGAGAAGAGAGAACUUUUUGAAGAACUGGCGUCCCGAACGAGCAUCGCCCAGGACAUAUUCACGGAGCGCAUAGACUUCAACAGUCCUGGUGACGCGUUGAAUUAUUACUGCUUGACGAACCUCCUCAAGUGCUGUAACUUGGCGCCCAAAGCGGCCGAUUGUCAUUUGCGUCUUUCGAAAUAUUGUUACGAAAACAUAUCGCUGGGUAACGGCGAUGCUCAGUUAUCCCGUGAAUUCGUGCGUUCAACUUUGAGAGCAAUGAGCUGCGGUUCCGAAGAGGCGACGUACUAUUUUCCAUGUUUGUUGAAGGGCAGCGUAUUAUCGAACGACGGUGUCCCCGAAAUAUUCCUCGAGGAAUCCGCCAACGUGGAAACCUGGCGUUUUCUUAUUUGGCAAACCCAGAUACUGUCGCAUUUGAGCACGAGGAAUGCAUCGUUGGUGAAGCCAAUCGUCAAGAGGAUGAUCGAGGCGUAUCCCAACGCGAUGGUUUACUCUCUCCGUCUCGUGCUCGACACCUGCCCCAAAAUAACCGAAAAUCCCUUCCUCCCCGAGCUCGAAACUUUUCUCCUUGACAAGCGCGAGUUCAAUCAAUUUUUACAAGCCUUGGAAUACGUCGUUCCACCCAAACUCUACGUCCAACAUUAUCUUUGCGAAUUUUUGAAAAAUUUCAUCGUCGACAGGGAAAAAGCGUUUGAUAAAUUGAAGAGCAAAUUGUAUCCGGACGAUUCGGAUCGUGCGCACUCAUCGUUGUGCGGUGACGCACUCGAAGAUCUCGUUGUUUCCUUCGAAGCGGAGAUCGAAGCGAUGGUAGAAGCGCCGGAGCACGAUGUCGUGAAACGAGUCCAUUCGAUUCUUAAGCGCGUUGACGAAGCGUCGAGAAAACGUCGUGACAAAACGGACUUGAGAUUCUACAGCCCUUGGUUGAACGAUUACAUGGGGCGUGACAUCGAAGUGCCCGGACAGUACGGUGCGAACAGAAAACCAACGCCCCGCUAUCACGCAAAAAUGAUCAAGGUCGAGUCUACGGUGAGAGUGAUGCAAUCGAUUCGCAAGCCGAUCAGAAUAACGAUACUGGCGAAUGACGGUAAAAGUUAUCGCUUUUUGGUUAAAUUUGGCGAAGAUUUGCGUUUGGAUCAGAGAGUCGAACAGAUAUUCGACGUAAUGAACGACAAACUGAGGUUCGAUCCUGCGUGUUUUCGUCGAAGAUUGGCCAUCGACACGUAUCAGGUGUUUCCACUUUCAGGAGUGUUGGGUCUCAUACAGUGGAUCGAUGGGACGAAGACGCUCAGAGAAUAUAUCGAUUUUUCGAUUAAUAGCGAAGAAAACAACCGGCACAGGCAGCUCGAGACUCUUUACGAGCAGUGGAUCAGGAGAGCUGCCCCAGGAAGCGCUCGCUCGAUUCAGUACAAAGAGGCUCUCCUUAAAUACAAGCACGAGGACGUGCGCGAUAAGAUGGAAGAGUUAAUGAGCAAAACCGAACUCGACACUCUCCGAAAAACUUUCGUGGCUUUGAGCACGUGCAUCGAAAGCUUCGUGUCCAUCCGCGGCAAUUUUAUCUCCAGUUAUGCAACGAUGUCGAUCGUACAGUGGAUCCUGGGCAUCGGCGAUCGUCACCCUGACAACACUCUUGUAGCCGUCGAAUCUGGACGCUGUUUGGGUAUCGACUUUGGCUCCGCUUUCGGCGGUGGUAUAGAUCAGUCCGUCCCCGAACUCAUGCCUUUUCGACUCACACCGCAAAUCAAAGGGUUACUCGAACCGUUCGGUGCGUAUGACUCGAUGGGGAACACCAUGAUCCACGUACUUCGAGCACUUGGAAACAGCAAAGGGUCUCUUAUCGCUUGCCUCGACGUUGUUGCACACGAGCCUCUCAACUGGGAGGAACACAUCCUUAAAAUGUCUCAAGAAACGGAGCACCCUGAAACUGAAAUCAAAUGGCUUCCUACGAAAAAAGUCGAAUUCGUGUCGAAGAAACUCGAUGGUUUCAAACCUUCGACUAUUAUUUUGGAACAAUUGGCAGAGAAUCACUCAGAGGAAAAAUAUUUUUCACGUUAUACCAAAGUCGUAAAUGGUACGGACUCCGAUGAUAAUUCUAAAAGAUCCUCGAUGAUGGAAGAAAACUUAUCGCCCGAUGAACAGGUUCAAUGCCUUAUCGAGCAGGCCACCGAUCUGAACAUUUUGGGACGCACAUACGCGGGUUGGGCGCCUUGGCUGUAAUAUGAAGUUAUUCGUGGAGUAAAUCCACUUUCGUACUUCAAUCAUCGUUGAUGAAAUUGUUUUCCAUGUUAACAAGUCUGUUUUGAUGGAACUGUGUAUAGCCCUUUGGAAUUUCUCUACAUAAGAUGCUCAUUUAGGAUGCCAGGGAGCAUUUAAAAAUAAUUGUUUUUAACUAGAAUCUAUUUUGGAUACCAAAAUAAACUGAAUGCUUCGAAAGCUCUUUAUUGCAACGAGUGGGUGAAAAAUGUGAUCUGUCAACGGGAAGCUGAUUUCAAAAAGCUCCGUGUAGGCAAUUGGUAUAUACUUCUUUGGGCCUGAACGCCACGUGUAGCUUAAAACGUUCCGUGAUAAAAUACAGAACUCGAUAAAUAUUUAUUCAUUAUUCAUACUCUUUCCUUAUUUUUCUGCGUCUUGGAAUAAAAUUCAGUGAAUUACAAA